CUAUAAAAGGGAAAGCACGCGUAUCAAAAUUUUCAUCGCAAUUCAUCACUUUAGCAUUUUAAACACUUUCCCUUCUCCAAACCUAAACUCUUACUAGAAAUUCCAAUGGCGCCCAAGGCCGACAAAAAGCCAGCGGAGAAGAAGGUCGCCGCCGAUAAACCAGCGGAGGAGAAGAAGGCCGCCGUCGCUGAGAAGACUCAGGCGGAGAAGAAGCCGAAGGCGGGAAAGAAGCUUCCCAAGGAGGGCGCCGCUGCUGCCGGCGAUAAGAAGAAGAAGAGGAACAAAAAGAGCGUCGAGACCUACAAGAUCUACAUCUUUAAGGUUCUGAAGCAAGUUCAUCCAGACAUCGGAAUCUCCAGCAAGGCGAUGGGGAUCAUGAACAGUUUCAUCAACGACAUCUUUGAGAAGCUCGCUCAGGAGUCAUCCAGACUUGCUCGUUACAAUAAGAAGCCGACGAUCACCUCCAGGGAGAUCCAGACGGCUGUGAGGCUUGUUCUUCCCGGUGAAUUGGCCAAGCACGCCGUGUCUGAGGGAACUAAGGCCGUGACUAAGUUCACGAGCUCUUAAAUUUCUUGUGUUGUGAUCUAGAUUUCACCUGUUUCUCUUGUGAUUUGAGAUUGAAAUUGUGCUAAUAGGUCUGAUAGAACUAUUUGCUUUGGUAUCAUGUAACUAUACUGUUUCUUAGAUCUAUGAAUCGAAGUAGUUUGUCUUCUCAACUCUGUUUGGUAUCUGAAUUGACGCUCUUCCGAUUUACUACUCUGAAAAAACAUCGUCUUUGUAUACCAAAAACGCAUAUAUACAGUUAAUAGCAACGAAAAUCAGUAAUCCG